GAAAGGAUCAGUGGAAUGAAAUCAAAAUCCUCUCGAUUCAUCUUCAACCUCUCGACGGUGGACUCCGUAGCUAGUUCGGAGAGCGCCGAUUAGCGCUUUCAGUUUCCAUUUCUCGGUAAUUUUUCGAUCUUAGAGCGAUAUUUUGCCUUAAACAAGCUGCCGGCGGCAGAAAAUGAGGAAGGCAAGCCGUCAAACGAAGCAAAAGGGAGAAGCCGAUGCCUCGUCGUCCUCGGUCACAUCGGCUACGGACAGUAGAGACUACGAAAAGAGAAUUCAAGAGCUCGAGCGUGAAAAUAAAGCGUUUCAGAAAGAAAUUAAAGAUCUAAAAGACAGAUUAGAAAUUGCUUCAUCAAGCGAUGCGAAUAGUGCUAAAAAACUCAGAGAAGGUUAUAUUCAGAAGUUGGAUGUUCUUGAAGAUCAGGUCACAGAAUUGAAGAAGAAACUAGAUGUUCAGUCUCAGCUUUCAACCAGAAGGCCAAAAGGUGAUGGAGCAACUAAACAGACAGAUUUUGAGAUCAUGAGUUUGAAGGCUCAGAAGGUUCAACUACAAUGCAAGAUGAAGCUAGAGUCUGUGCAGUUCAGAUUAUGUAAAGGUUCAUUGGAGAAGGAAGUUCUUCAGCUCAAGAGAGAGAAUAGAAGAAAUGAGCAUGAAAUGAAUAAGCUCCGAACUUCAAACCAAAGACUAAAGAUGGUUCUGCAACGGAAGACCGAGGAAGCUUCUGAAAUUACAAAAAAGAUAAGAAACCUUUUGGAAUCUCGAAGAACUUCUGCACAAAGAAGAACAGGUGCCAGACAGGAAAAUGUUACUUCCAGUCAGUCUGUUGAGAAUGAAUUCGAAGUCACAGCGAGCUUACAUGAGCUGUGUUCCCAGUAUGAGCAUCAAAUAGAAGAGAAGGAUAAGGAAAUUGCAAAACUUCAGGAAGAAGCAGAUGCCCUAAAGCAAGAACAAACAUGGUACCAAUCACUGGAGACUGAUAACGUAUUGGGAAUCAAUCAAGAUGUGGCUGAACUAAAGGAACAGAUGGUCAUAUUAAGUGGCUUGGUUAACCAAAUGCGAAUCCAGAAGUUCAAUCAUACUCAAAAGGAUGAAUCAAAGGAUGAUUCCGGUCCAUCCUCUGCCAGCAAUGGGAGUAAUAAUCUAUUCGAGCAGUUCGCUAUAGCUGGAGAAGAACAUCAACACGGGUUUAACGUGGCAACGAAGAGAACUGUAAAAGCAGAAUGCUGCUCUUGCAGCAAGAAAUCACUGUGCAAGACAACGAAGUGCAAAUGCCGAUCAACCGGAAGCAGCUGUGGGUCAUCAUGUGGAUGUGCGCGUGGAAAGUGCAGCAACAGAGAUGACAAACCAAGUGAGAUGGUCGAUGAAUUUGGGCCACAAAUGAAUCCUUUAUCUGACAUAAAAAACUUAUUGACCAAUUAGACGUAAUGUUACCUGUCAAUGAACAUAGGCAGGGCGAAUGGCUACAUUUGAGUUUCCUGCUGCUGAGCUGAUCCGCCCAUCCACCUUAAAACACUGCACAUAUGGCCUAAUUUGGAGUUUUACCCCUAAUACUAAAAAAUGAGGACCUACUGAUUUUCCUCGCCCUCUACUUGAGCCAGAACUGUCUCAGAUUGAUGAAAUGAUAUCAUUUGAUGCAAAUUGCUGCUAUUAGCGUUGAUUUUUUACCUUAACUACGGUCAAUUCUUUUAAUUGGACAUGAAAUGUUGUAUUCAGCUCUCUCAACUUGUUAUUUAAAUUUUAAUCUGACAUGUUACAGGGGAGGAGGCAGGAACUUGGUCAAGGAUAGAGCAUCCUUUGCUUGAAUGAGAUUCUGCUUCGGACCCCUACAUUCUGGUCAGAGAUGUAUUCUUUUCGUGCUGUUAUUGUUUUCAUUUAUUAUAUGAUCUUCAUCCAAUAGGAUAUUGGCUGUUACUUAAUAGGUGACAAUUUGAAAUGUUUUAGUAUCUUGUUAAACCUUCGAUUUUAUAUCAUAUUUGUUAUUUU